CAGCUGCAUCUUUCCACCCUGCUGAGUUAUUGAAAUUUGUUUGCUACUUUUCCUGCAUUGUGCUGUGGCUGUCUGUGCAGCUGGGAAGCCAGAUAGGAUGUUCUCGUCUUCGUCCAGAAACUCUCUGCUCUCCCCCUGGUCGUCCAUGGAGCAGGCCGACUCGGAGGUGCUGGACAUCAGCACCAAGGUGCAGCUGCACGGGGUGCUGUGGAAGAGGCCCUUCGGACGGCCCUCGGCCAAGUGGUCCCGCAGGUUCUUCAUCAUCAAAGACAGCUUCUUGCUCUACUAUGCAGAGAGCGAGAAGAGAAGCUUCGAGACCAACAGGUACUUCAACAUCCACCCCAAGGGUGUUAUUCCCCUGGGAGGGUGCAUUGUGGCAGCCGGUGAGGAUGUGGGAAUGCCCUUUGCCAUCGUGAUCAACCUGGAAGAUUUCACCGGCACUGUAGUGCUGGCUGCUGAGUCCGAGGAGGAGCACACCCAGUGGAUGGAGAUGCUUCAGGAGUCAGGGAAAGUCACAUGGAAGAACGCCCAGCUGGGAGAGGCCAUGAUACAGAGUCUGGAGGCUCAGGGGCUGCAGCUGGCCAAGGAGAAGCAGGAGUAUCUCGAUAAACUGAUGGAGGAGACGGAGGAGCUGAGCCACCAGAGAGAGCAGAAAGAGGAACUGGAGCGCCUGAAUCAGGUCCUUGAGGAGGAGAAGCUGAAGUUUGAGGAGGUGGUGGUGGAGCUCAAGGCCGAGCAGGAGCAGAUCAAACUAGACUUGGACGGCACAUCUCAGUCCUUGAAAAGCGUGGAGACAGAAAAAGAGGAGCUGAGCAGCUUAACGACACUGCUGCAGAAGUCCAUUGAGGAGCUCUCUCAGGAGAAACAGCGAACCCUGGAGCUGCUGGGGGUCAAGAAGCAGGAGGUUAAGAGCGAGGUGGCCGCGAACGCAAAGUCAGCCGGCGUGAAGCCUGAGGACGCCGCGGAGCCCGGAGACGUGAACCUGCUGCAGGACCUGCGCCACAUCGAGGAGCAGAUGAAGAUCCUGCUGAAGGAGAGGGAGCAGGCGGAGGAGAAGCUCCGGGUGAACGAGCAGCGGGCCGUCGUCCUUCUGGAGGAGAGGGAGUUUUACUCGUCUCAGGCCCGGACGCUGCAGCAGUCGCUCAAGCAGCUCAGUGCUGACAAGCAUCAGACUGAGGCCGAGCUCAAGGCAGAGAUGGAGUCUCGGUUGGAGCUGGAGCAGAGGCUGAAGCUGGCAGAGGAGGCCCUGCAGGACCUGGAGAAGGGCCUGGACACACUGGAGCGCACCAAGGAGAGGGACGAGAAGAUGAAGGGGGACGUCAGUCAGCUGAGGAAAUUCUUCGAGGAGUGCAUCUGUGCAGCAGAGAUCGAGGCGAAGCUGCCAUCUAUAAUGAAGAACGCUGUGUAUCUCCACAAAGCCACGGCGCGCCGAAUCAAGAGCUGCCGAAUCCAGAGGAGAGCCUCCAGGCGCCACUGGUUGAAACACUCCAAGUCGUUUGUUGUGUCUCAAGGCGACGACACCAACAUGGAGCAGCUGAGGGAGACGGCCCUGCGACUGAGCGCUGACAGUGACUUCAGAGAGCGUGUGUACAAGAUCAUCGGCCACCAGGACGCCACACACACAUCAGAGGACUGAGAGGUGGGGCGGGGAGAGGGGAGGGAGGGGAA